AUGAAUGCAAUGCAAUGCAACAAAAAAUCCCAAAAGAACGUCCAAGUCGAUUCUUUUAUAUAUGGAGUGGUCAUUCCUGUUCUUCCUAAUGAAUUGGAACGUCGAAUUGGGGUUGCAGACGAGGACCUGGAGUUCUGGAAUUCUAUGCUCUUGACAGCAUUUGGCCUUGCUCAAUUGAUAGCGAGUCCACUUUUCGGAUACUAUGCUGAUCGAAAUUCAUCACGACGAACACCAUUGCUCCUGGGAUUCUUCUCUAAUGCUGCUGCCACGGCUGUCUUAUAUGUUGCACAGAAUAUAUGGAUACUGGCUCUGAGCCGUUUCCUUCAAGGACUUUCGGCAGCUGUUGUAUAUACGGUCGGCUUUGCUUUACUUGCAGACACAGUUGGCUCAAAGGAUAUCGGACAGUGGAUGGGAUACGUGAUUUCGAGUCUCAAUAUUGGAAUGCUGAUAUCUCCAACCAUAGGCGGCAUAAUGUACGCAGGGCUUGGAUAUGCAUCUUUGUUUGUUGUGAUGUUUAUCCUUAUCGCCAUCGAUAUCAUUAUCCGUUUGUUUAUGAUCGAAAAGAAAGUUGCGGCGAGAUUGAAGAAGGAAAAAGAUGUAGGUGAAACCCAAGCGUAUGGGACUUUUCAGCGUAGUGUUGAUGAGGCCAUUUUCGAACAACAAAGUCCUUCUGUCUCUUCCAACAGCAACGGAGCAUCUGAACCAUUGCUUGGGAAUAACCAAAGCCAGCCUCCACCUGCAGAAGACAAGAUGCACCCAAUAGCUUUGGUGACUUUGUUGAAGUCUCCACGUAUAUGGGCUGAUUUAUAUGGUGUUUGGGUGACUGUAUAUUUGCUCGCAAGUUUCGAUGCAGCACUUCCAAUAUUUGUGGAACGAAAAUUCAACUGGGAUUCUACCGGUGCCGGCUUGAUAUUUUUGACCAUAACAUUCCCUAUAUUCUUAGCUCCGAUAGCUGGUAGACUUUCAGAUGUCUGGCCUUCUCGGUGGCUCACGGCAUCAUAUUUCAUCGUAUCUGCCAUUUUUACAAUCUUGCUGGUGUUGAUACAGAGAAAUAGCACUGAUCAGAUUGUUGGUCUUUGUAUCCUUCUUACACUUUAUGGUAAGCUUAUCCUAUUUGAUAAUCAUGAUCAUCGUAUUCCACAAUUACUGAAGCAAGUCAUAGGCAUUGCCAGAGUCUUCGGUUCAUCGCCACUAGGCGCCGACUUGAGUCGAGCAGUAACGGAUAUGGAAGAAAAAACACCAGGCAUCUUCGGCAAAACAGGAGCUAGCGGACAAGUAUUCUCCUUAUAUACUAGUGCUAGUGCAGCAGGAGUUCUCGCAGGUCCUGCUUGGACGAGUUUUGCCUUUGGAGAAAGAGGUUGGAUAUUUUUCGUCUCAAGUCUUGGAAUCUUGACUGCAACUGUUGCAAUACCAGCUGUGAGUGAAGGCUCUGAAAUGAAGAAGGAUAAACAAAGCUUAUAA